GACUUCAGCUUUUCUGAUGCAUUCUGGGAGGCCAACCUGUUAGGUCAGAUUUUGCAUCUCUGGGAGUGCCUAUGACAAAAGACUCAGUGUAAUCGACUUCUUUGUUCUAUCCUUAGUUAAAACUAAACAAGAUCUACCAUUACCCGAUCCUUGCAAUGCUAAAACUGCCCUUACGAUACACCCCCUAAUUUACAUAUCGCACAAACAUGGCGGACCUUGAUCUGUCAAAAAUGGGAGGAACAACAAAAACAUCUGAAUAUAACAACAAAACAUGGACUUUAUAAAGAAAAUCGAGUGUCACAGACACUGUAUUUAUAUCAUAUUUUUAAGCGUGAGUUUAAAUAAGAUAUUUUGGCACUACUCUGUCGCAAGUUGUAAAGAUUCUGAAGCAUACCCGACAACCGUUGGCAUUUCUUAAGGAAAGAGGAAUGUUUAUUUUAGCGUGAUGUUCUUUGAGCAAACCACAAACAACUAUGAAUUACCUUUGUAAAACGUUUGAUUAUAAUGGGAAUUUUCCAAAAUUCUUUUGACCAUCUCGAAAAUAGAACAAAAAUGCGCAUUGGAAUGUCUGAGAACACAGAUUCAACAUCUAGUUUUCAUUUAGUUAAUUCAAAAGUAGAUAUGGGGCCAACUGAUUCAGUGUCAUUUGUGAAUUCAAAUCCGAACAAACUAAUUCACAAGGAGGUUGAAAAGGGGAAAUUCAGUUUAUCUCUCCGCAAUGACUAUGAAAGAGAUCUUUUAAUAAAACGCUUAGAUGAAAGUGCAGACAUUUCCAGUGGUGAUGAUAGUUCUCCUUCCAAAAGUCUAUGUCCAAUAGAUGCUCAAAACAUAGAUGAUUCGCAGGGGUCAUUUGACAAAAUGGAAAUUUAUAAUGAUGAUGAAAAAGAAGCAUAUGAUAAUACAGACGAUUGUGACAGUGAUGGGAAAGAAGCAAAGUCCACUUUGAAACCUGUUGAUUCAGGAUUAAUUAUUUCACCCAUUAGAUUAACAGAGGAUAUGCCUAUCAAUAUCAAUGAAGAUGAAACAAAAUUUUCCUCAGUGACUAGUAAUAUGCAGCAAAAAUUGGUAUAUAUUCCAACAACAAAACAACUUGUAGCAGAAAGCUCAAGUCAUGCAAAUUAUUCUAAUACUCAAAAUGCACAAAAUACAAGUAGACCUGAUCAUGACCAUUUGAAUGAACAAGAUAGCCAUGAUUUAAGUUCUUCAACAGAAACAAUUUUGAAUGAAAAUGGUGGUGUUAAAUUCAGUAUACAAGUGAAUGACACAUCUAGUCUUGGUGGAGAAAGUGACUCCUUGUUGUAUCUCAGUUUAGGCAAGAAUAAAGACCAAGAUCAAUUAUCAUUGAAUAAUUCUGAAAAUGAUACGUGUAUGCCUCGUUUAAAUACUGGAGAUUCCUUACUUCGGACAUUCAAUGAUACUACAAGUCUUUCUAGUCUUAGUACAUGUACAGAUUUUUCAAUAUCAGCAGCCUCUAUGGAUGAAGGUUGUGAUGGAACUGGACUUUGCAUUGAUACUGGGGAUGGGGAAUUUAUGGAGAUCAGUUUACAUUCCAGAAAUUCUUUUGAAAGAAAAAAGAACCCAUCUCAGGAUAGUGGGUUUGAAGACAGAGGUUCUAAAUCUAAAAAGAAAGGAUUAUCUGUGUCAGAUUUUUUAACCAGAAAUCUGUUUUCAAGAAAAGCUAAAGAAUCUGAAGAUGAUGCUGAACAAGGAUGGAAAUUAUUUGGGAGAAUCCCACCAAAGCAAGCUCCUGAUAAAGAUCCUCAGCAGAUAACCGAGGAAUUCCAAAACAAACUCCGAUCAGUAGCUCAACCAAAGAAUAGUAAAAAAUCUGAUAUUGAAGUCAUGUCUACCACUGCUCUGAUUCUAGAGAAUAGACCACAGAAUCUACCAACCAAAGAUCCAGAGGAGGCAGAGAAACAUAGACAACAAUAUGAAGCAAUGGUAGAGGCUGCUAGGAAAAAGGAAUUGAAGGAUAUGAAGAUGAAGAAAAAACAAAAGCAACAACAAUUGAAAAAUGAGGACAAAGUCGUUUGUGCAGCUAAAAGAUGGACAGAUGAAAUAUUACCAAAUUGGGAAACUAUGAAAUCACAAAAGAAAACAAGAGAGUUAUGGUGGCAUGGAAUACCAACUAAUGUUCGAGGAAGAGUGUGGCAGCUAGCAUUUGGAAAUGAUCUCAAUGUUACUAAAGAAUUAUAUGAAAUUUGUUGCAGUAGAGCUGAGGAUAGAAUUAGACAGACUAUUGAAAGCUCUGAAAUCUAUGGCAAUUCUGAAACAUCCUCAGAGCCUCCGUCCAGUAAGGAGUCCAGUGUAGAACUCAUCAAAUUAGAUGUUUCCAGAACAUUCCCACAACUUUGUAUUUUCCAAAAAGGAGGUCCAUAUUAUGAUUUACUUCAUAGUUUACUUGGUGCCUAUGCAUGCUACAGACCAGAUGUUGGCUAUGUCCAAGGUAUGUCUUUCAUUGCUGCUGUAUUACUCCUCAAUAUGGAUGUAGCCGAUGCCUUUGUUUGCUUUGCUAACCUACUGAAUCGUCCUUGUCAAGUCGCCUUCUUCAGGGUAGAUGAGGAAUUGAUGAAGGUUUAUUUUCAUACUUUUGAAGAAUUUUUUGACGAGAAUAUGCCUGGAUUAUACUCACAUUUUAAAAAACACAAAGUCACUCCAGAUCUGUAUAUUACUGAAUGGAUAUUUGCUUUAUUUAGUAAAUCACUGCCUUUAGAUAUUGCCUGCAGAGUUUGGGAUGUAUUUUGUAGAGAUGGUGAGGAGUUUCUGUUCAGAACAGCUUUAGGUAUAUUAAAGAUGCAUGAAGAUUUGUUAUCACACAUGGACUUCUGUAACUCAGUGCAAUUGUUGACAAAAAUACCAGAAGAUAUAUCUGGGGAUACUCUUUUUAAACAUAUAGACACAAUACGAAUGAAUAUAGACAAGAAACGGUUCAAUCAAGUGUUGGCUUUUAAUAAGGAGUCGUGAUGAUAAUUGUGUGUUAGAUUUCCAAGUCAUUUCUGGAGUCAUGAUGAUAAUUGUAUGUUAGAUUUCCAAGUCAUUUCUGGAGUCGUGAUGAUAACUGUAUGUUAGAUAUCCAAGUCAUUUCCUCACAUGUGCAUUGGAUGUCAAAAUGUGUAUUUUGCGUGAUAUCAAAAUUAUUGCUUUAUCCCAAAUGGAAGUAGUAUUAUGAUGGUGUGAUGUGUUAGCAUUGGGAAUGUAUGCAUGUAAUAUUUUAAAAGGGUUGAUGGUCAGUAGUUUUUUCUAUAGUAUACCAGGGAUAUGACACUUUUUUUUUUAAAGAGGAAACAAGUUAAGAAAGAAAUUGACAUGGAGAAUAUUUGAAAGCUAGAUAUUUUGGUUUUUGAAUUUGUGAAAAGAAAAUAACUUCUUUAAAGAAUUACAAUAUGCUAUUUAAAAUCUGGUGCAAAAAAUUUGAAUUGUUUAUCAGUAAAAAGAAUGAAUGUAUUACAUGAUAUUAUAUUCACAUUUUAACCUUCAUUUGACAUUGAAAGUCUUUCACUGAUUUGUUAAUUAUUUAUUAUUAUGUAUAAGUUGUUAUCUGUUCACACAUUAUUUCCUACCACUCUAUGUGCAAUUCUAUUGAGAUAUUAUGUAUAAAAAGAUAAAAGCCAUAAUUUAUACAAUUUGUACAUUAAACAAAUGUGAAAAUAGGUAUUUUGCAUGUCAAUAUUGUAUAUUACCAUUUUACCAAAUUUUUUUUAUCUUUGAUCUUUCUAUGAUGUAUACAAAUGAAAUCAAGUUUUGAAAAUGACUGUUGAAAUAGAAUUUAUCACCAACUGAUUUAGGUACUUCUUCUCCUGUGUCUUGCUUUCUGGUAUUGAUAUGUUAGGAAAAUUAAGUGGCAAUUGUGACAAUUAGAAAUUGGGAAUGUAACUGUUUAAGAUAGGUAUUUGCAGUGAAACUUAGAUGAGUAUUUCUAAUGGAUUGUAGUUGUGGCAUUGUUAUGCUAGAUUUUUUUAGCAUGAUAAAAUUUCCUUUGUCCUCUUACAAACAGUAAACAUUUUGAGAUCAGAAAUUUGACUUACAAAUGAUUAGGGCUAUUCCAGAAGAAGAUGUCUCCUGGGGGCAAAACACCCAUGAAAUUAAGGGGUACCAAUUGCAGGGGUGCAAUAUUUGUUUUCCAUAGAAAAUUUUGAACUUUUACCCCCACCAACAUAAUAAUUAAUCAAUGGCGUUCUGCCCCUUAGUGACACUUUUUUUCUGGAAUAGCCCUUAAGAUAUUGAUAAAAAAAACCAGUUGAGAAAUUGUCUGACAAAUAAGAUAAGAAUUUUGAUACGUUGCAAAAACUGAUGAGAAAGAAGGUAUGAUAAGGUCACUUUUUUUACCCUUUGAGCUUGGAAACUAAAAUGUUAUAUAAAUCUAUCAAAUAACAUCCUUCAGAUCAUGCAGAUAUUAACAAGAAAAUCUGUCAAACAAUAGUUUUUUUUUCAUUUUGUCUUGCAUAUUUGAUAAGCCUUUCAAAAUUUCUUGCAUUUAAGGAAAACUUCCAAAAAAGCAUCAUUUUGAGAUCUUUUCCUUAAAGUUUAGACAUGAGUAACAGCCUUGACUUAAAAGAUGUUUUGCUACAAGCUGUCUUGUAAAAAGAUACUUAAGUGAGUAAAGAAAUUUUUUAAGUAAGCCAAAUAUGUUAAAUUUUGACAAAAUUAUAACUCAGUGACAUUAGUAUGAAUAUUUCAACAUUAAAGUGACCAGACUAUUUUUUUAUUCAGUUAUAAAUAAAAUUAUUAGUUUUAAAGGAAUGUACAUUUUUUCUAUAUUUGCAAUUUCAGGGGCAAUAUAAUGACUGAUCAUACCUCCUCUUAUAAUGAUUCUGAUUAUAAUUGUGCUAUUUUGUUAAGUAAACUUUUUAUCAUGUUGGAUUAAUUAUUGAUUAUCAUCAAAAUAGUUGAGCCAGAAAUCUGUGCCAUAUUAGUAGUAAAAUGAGUUUGAUAAUUCUAUAAGAGCAUAAAGCUCUGGUUUACUAAAUGAUUGAAGAAUAAGAACAGUGAAGCUCUGGCUUCUGUUAAUCUUGGUUAUAAUACGAAUGUUUAAAAAUCAUUGAAAGUCAACUUCUAUUUUUCAGUUAUUUAUUUAUGAGUAUUGUUCAAAAUUUUUAUCAAGAAUUAUGCCAAGCAUAAUAUUGUCUUUCAUUAAUUAUGAGAUUAUUUGUGAAGAACAAUGUAUAUAUAUAUAUGUAUAAUUUACUAACCAGGUCUAGGUUCGUUUUGAAAAUCUCACUGUUAAGAUAUAUAGCUGACCCUGUUAACCAGUCUGCAAUGGAGACGCUAUAACAUUUCUACCAGUUGUGACAAUGAAAUUUUAUGUAAUUUGAAACAAUGAUCUUUAACAGUAAACCUGUUAAUAUAUUAUAAAGCUUAGAUAAGUUUGAGGCGAUAUUUUUGUGGUCUUAUAUAUUAAGACAAAGGAAUAUUCAUCUGGUCUGAAAAUUUACCGAUUUUGUCCUAUUCCCUUUUCUUACUGAGUAUGAAUUUCCAUGGUUUGCCAGGCUUAUACUCCAUGGAUUCACCCUGUCUUGUAUGUUUGGAGUUUUUGAAAUUUACCCAAUUAUGGUUGGUUGGUUGGUUGUUAUAUUCCAAAUAGAAUUAGUUUAGAACAUUAGUAUGCAAACAAUUGUCUCUUCUUAUUUAGUCUUCUAGAAAUAUGAAUCAAAACCUUUUUGACAAUUAAAAAGGCAAAAGUUGCUCAGGCAAAUAUUGACCUUAUAUGAAUUUGGCUUUUCAUUGUUUUUCCCUUUGGGUCAUUAAAGCUUAUCACAUGUUCAGGUAUUUAUACAUCCUUAGCUUUAAAAUUUUGGGAUUUGAGCGUUCCUGAUGAAGGUAAAUCCAGAAAAACACUUUAGACACACCAAAUUAAGUGUUAUUUUCAUUUUCAAUUUAAAAGUUAAUGAUGGCUAAUUUUUAAGCUGCAGAAAAUUGACAUCUGUUUUUUAUGAUACAUGGACAAGUUGACUAAGUUUAUAAUGCUUGAAGGGAAAUAGUUAAUAGACUUAUUUAAUCCUGCCAUAUAUUAGGAAUUGUGUCUUUCGUUGUCUUUUGCUGUAUUAAGGUUUUUUUAUUCUUUUCAAAUAAUGAAAUGCUGUCUUCGGUAGUUUCCUUUGAAUUUAUUUACACCUUGACUGUAGACUAUGGGUGAUUAAGAGUUUAACAUAUGGUAAAGAACUCUAAACAUCUUAUUUGGAUUUUUAGGUUAUUGGAUAGCUGUGUCAUUUAGGCAUACUCCAAAUCUGUUAUUAUUUUAUUCAAGUAGUAGAGUUAGAUUGUUCAAAAAGAUAAUGCAUCAUUGUUUUUUAUAUAAAAAAACCCACUAUAACUUACCAUGAAAAAAUGGCCUUUCAACUUUUUUAGUUAUAUUGUAAUGUUUCUUAAUAUUUAAAUAAAAAAUUUAUAUGAUAAAAUACUGAUUCAAGAACUAGACUUGCGUCAGUUGCCAGACAAAAUUUAUACUUUUUAGAUAUCAAAAGCAAUUACAAAGUAUUUACAUUACAACGCAUACCUUCACUGUCCAAUGGUGGCAAAAAGGGUAGUAACAUGAUGUUGAAACCCAUCUACAGGGAAAAUAUUGGGGAGAAAAAAGGAAUUUCUCUGAUAAAUUUCAAAAAUUGUAGCCAUAAUGAUCUGUAUUAUUUGUUCUCAACAACUUAUCAGAAUGAAACUUUUUCAAUUAAAAUUAACAAAUUAUUUUUUUUGAUUAAUAUAUCAAUUUAGAUUUUAUCAUUUCAAACUGGCCUCUUAUUCAAGUUUGGCUGCUUGCAUCUUUUAUCAAACCCUAGUUUUAGCCAUGGUUAAACUUGUCAAACAAAGCAAAAUCAAUAUAUAUGAAGAUCAGGAUAACAAGUUGAGGGUUACUAGAGGUAGAGUUUGUAUUGUUAGUUUCAAGUGAACUCAUCCUACUAAACUCCUAAUAGAUCAUAAAACAUGUUCUUGAUUUUACCAGUUAUCAUACUUUAAGAUUUGAACAAAUAGUGCUGACUUGUUUAAGUCAUUUAGAAUGGGACCAUGUGUAUUUUAUGUAAAUAGUCAGAUGGGCAUUAUAUUUCAUCAACAUGUGAUAUUUACAAUGCAAUAUUGAAGUCUUUCCAAUGACAUCUGUCAAAACUAUUCUAUAGGUGUAAAAUAUUAACAUUACAGAAGCAAAACCAUAAAUUAUUAAUAUAUAUUGCAAUGUUUGUAAAUAUUUGGUGGAUUGAAACAGAAAUCAACUUUUUCUGUUAUCUGAUCAAUAGUUCUGUUAUCUGAUCAAUCGUUUGUAAGGAUGUUUUACAAUUGAUGUCUUUAUGAUCGAAGCAAAUGUUCACAUUACAAUCGUUUGAGUUCGACAAUGUUUUUACUACUUUUUGAGGUUUUAAAUUAAGAGAUUACUGCUUUUUGAUUUAAAAUUAGUUCUGUUACUACUUUGAAGAUCUUUCAAGUCAUUUAGAUAUCAUUGUAAAGAUUGGUAUAGAUUGUUCUUUUUGUGAUAUGUAAUCAUUUAAACAUUUUUUUACUUAUACAGAAUGCAUUUUUUUACAUAAAUUUAUCAAAUUAACAUAAAUAAAAAGCAGGCUUAAAAUAAGAAAAAUCCCUGAAAAUCUGACAAGAUAAAAAAAAAAAUAACUGGUGGAAAGUCUCUCAUAUUUCAGUGUCAUUUAUAUUUUAGGAUCUAAUGGUAACUAUUAGUAGUAAUAAAACCUAGCUAUAUAUAAAGGUAAAAUUUAAAGGGCAUUUGAAAAAUGGCAUCAACACUUCCUUUAUCAGAAGUUAAAAUGUUUAUUUUUAUUUCAUGUAAAAAAUUAAUUCUUGUCCUAGAUGGGACUUAUUAUUGUAUACAGUUGUUCAUCUUUCAAAAAGUAGCUAGCAUGAAAGCUAGAGUUUGCUUUGCUCAUGAACUUUAUGGAAUAUUUGAAUUUAUAGAAGAAAUCACCUUUGGAAUUUUAAAAUUAUGUUUGUCUUUCAAGAUCUAGAGUUAUGGGACUUUAACCAUUUGAUUUAAGCCAAUUUUUCACAUAUUGAUCGGACUUACCUCAAACAUGCUUGAAUCACUUUACCCUGUUAUAUGGGAUUGGUAAAGGAAAGCGCUCUUAUGAUUUUGAAAAUUUUCUGGUUUUGUCUUUCCAGAAUCAAAAUUAAGUAAAUUUUCACGUAUUACACACUAACUCAGUAUGCUGUGAUCAAUUUACACGAAACUAAAUAGAAGUGUUAAGAGUGGUCAAAGUAAGCUCCCUUUUGAUUUGAAAAAAAAUUAGUUAUGGAACUUCAACCUUCAGAUUUAAGGCAACUUUUAUAGGCUAGAGGAUAUCCUGCAAGUUUUUCUGCUAGGCCAUUAUUGAUUGCCAUCUACAAUAUUCCAUUUUAUCUUUGCAACAACUUUAAUAUAAAGAAUAAGGGUCUAUCUUGUCAUUCUGGCACAGCUGUUUAUUAGUUUAUCUUUUCAAUUUUGACAGACUAUUAAAGUACCCUGGGCAACCAUCCACAUGUAUAAUUUCAUAUAUCUAUGCAUAUAUACUGUGUGUCCUAGGGUCACUCCAAAGUAAUCUUGUUGGGGAAAUUUUCUAUAAUAAUAAAAAAAAAAAACAUAAGUAAAGAUUGUAAUGAACCUUUAAUUUUUGCCAAGUCAUCAAUAUUUAUCCACUUGGAUAGCAUCAUUCUAUCUGCAAUAAUUUUUCACAAACUAUUUUUGGUUCUCAACAUCUACAACUUCAAUGUUAAUUAAAAGCUUUUGAGGUUUAUAGAUAUAGAAAUAGACAUUAUCUACUGCUCAUGUUUUAUAUAUAUGUUGAUAUUUUUUACUCUGCUUAUUUUUGAUAAAUUUUGUAUGUGUUUCCUUAGGCUUGUUGAGAAGCUAAAAAAAUCACCAUCCUUAGCGAAAAUCAUUUGACAGCAGAAUGGCAUUGUCAUGAUGAUAUGAUUAUCAGGAAGAGUCUUUCAAGAAAGAUAGAGUUUACCUUCUAACCUUUAUUAGCUUGUAAUGUACUGUGGAUUCAUUUAUUUUCUUGGGUACCAAAUAUAUGGAUUUAGGAAAAAAUUGAAGUUUGUGGAUAUUUGAUUUAGUGGUUUAACAAAAGUCUGCAUACAAGCCUAUAGAAAAUGUAUACUUCGUUGAACAUUUAAAUUCCUGGUUCACCUAGGCCUGUACCCAUGAAAUUAAUGAAAAUUGGUAUCUCACAAAUAAUAAUGAUUGCAUAGUAUGUUCAUGGCAAAAGGUUAAAACCUCUUGACUUUUAACUUCAAUGUCUUAGAAUGGCGCAUUGUAAAAAGCUUGUAGACACAAUACCAAAUAGAAUAUAAGAGUUACAGCUCUUCUUUAUAAAGAUUACCAUUAUCCUAUUUGGUUUUAAAUUCAGACUCCCAGAUCUAUACAGUUCAUAAUAUAACUGGAUAGGAAUCAUUCUUUUUUGAAAAAAGGUUUUGUUUGCAAAUGUCACUUUUUUGUAAUUUGCCUUUAAACACCUUAUCAUAACAUGGCGAAGAAAAAACAGCAAUUCUGCAUGCACAAACUGAAGUUAUUCAUCUAGUUGUACAGAAGUCACAAAAGUAUUGUUACAAAUAUAAGAUAAUAAAAUUCUCUGAAAUUUGUUUUUACAUAUGUAUGAAAUAAGAAAUGAAUUUUCAUGUUCACUCAAUUAGAUAUACAAAUCAUUAAUGUUUUCUUCUUACAUUCUUACAAAAGUUUUUUUCUGUCAUUUUUUCAAUAGUAUUUAAUUUUGAAUGUGUCAUUUGUACAUACGAUUUUUUUGUAAAUCUGUAAUAUUUAAAAAAAAUGCAAUGCAAUAUUUAUAUUUUGCAUUAUUAAAAUUUGUAUAGAACCA